AUGGAUGUGGUAGUUCGAGCUGGCAACUGCGAGUUGACCACCAUUGCGUGUUCCUACGAAGUGUCGACGGCUACUGGCGGGUUCCCGGCAUCCCGCAGCAGCACAGCAGCAGGCGUGUCUCCCGGCCAGAUGAGCGGGGUUGGCGGAGCAGCGACGACAGAGAAUUCACGUGCGGGGGGUGGGCCACGCUGCUUUUCUUGUGGCGAAACCGGCCACCGCCAGUCAGCGUGUCCUCGGCGCGGUGGCAACCACACAUUGUUGGCGAAAGACGUCGACGGCGACACAGGGGCUGAGUAUGAUGGCCCGCCAAUCUUCGACGUUGAGCCUGAGCCGGUGGAAGAGCAUCUAACCAACUAUACAUUUGAGCAAACCAUUAACAGCCCCGUUGCAAAUGAUGGGGCACAGAGAGCACUGCACAGGUACGUAAGUUGA